AUGACGCGCCGCACAUACAACAUCGCCAUGGUGAGCGACUUCUUCUUCCCGCAACCCGGCGGCGUCGAAAGCCACAUCUACCAAGUCGCAUCGAAGCUCAUCGACCGCGGCCACAAGGUCGUCAUCAUCACGCACGAGUACGGUGACCGCAAGGGCGUGCGCUACCUGACCAACGGCAUCAAGGUGUACCACGUGCCAUUCCUCGUCAUCUACCGCUCGACCACGUUCCCGACAGUCUUCUCCUUCUUCCCCCUCUUCCGCAACAUUGUCAUCCGCGAGCAGAUUGACAUUGUGCAUGGCCACGCCAGUCUCAGCAGUCUUUGCCAUGAGGCCAUUCUGCACGCGCGCACCAUGGGUCUGCGCACCGUCUACACAGAUCACUCGCUGUUUGGCUUUGCGGACGCUACGAGCAUCCUCGCCAACAAGCUGCUCAAAUUUGGGCUCAGCGAUGUCGACCACGUCAUCUGCGUCAGCCACACUUGCAAGGAGAAUACAGUGUUAAGGGCAUCGCUCGAUCCGCUGCUGGUGUCAGUUAUCCCCAACGCUGUGGUCGCGGAAAACUUCAAGCCGCUGUCAACCGAGGAGCAGCAGCACCUGCAGAGCCAGUACCAGGACCGUCACCAUCGGCGACACACGAGUCAGGACAGCCAGGCAAGCCAGGGCAACAAGGCAACAGCAAGCGAGACACAACAGUCCGGGCCAUCUAGUAGUUUGACUAGCAAUGCAUCAGGGAGUGGGCCGCUGUCAUCACAACAUCCGACGCUGCAUCGCCCGUCCUCGUCCUCUUCCACGCAAAAUGGCACCUCACCUCCCAAACCAUCGUUUGUCAGCCAAGCGGCUUCGCCGCCCACGCCCGCCCACCUUCUCAGCCCACACGAUCCCAUCACAAUCGUUGUCAUCUCCCGCCUCUUUUACAACAAGGGUACCGACCUUCUCGUCGCCGCCAUUCCACGCAUCCUCGAAAACCAUCCCAACACACGCUUCAUUAUUGCCGGGUCCGGCCCCAAGGCCAUUGACCUGAAACAAAUGAUUGAGCAGAACGUGCUGCAAGACCGUGUCGAAAUGCUCGGACCCGUGCGUCACGAGGACGUGCGCGACGUGAUGGUCCGCGGCCACAUCUAUCUGCACCCCAGUCUGACCGAAGCCUUUGGCACUGUCAUUGUCGAAGCCGCCAGCUGCGGGCUGUACGUCGUAUGCACGCAGGUUGGUGGCAUUCCCGAAGUGCUGCCGUCACACAUGACCGUGUUUGCGCGGCCCGAAGAGGACGACCUGGUGGCCGCGACAGGGCGUGCCAUUGGGGCGCUGCGGGCCAACAAGGUGCGCACAGAGCGCUUCCACGAGCAGGUCAAAGCCAUGUACUCAUGGACCAACGUAGCGGCACGAACCGAGCGCGUCUACAACGGCAUCACGGGCGCCAUCAGCGAGGCCGAGUUCUACGGUUACGACAUGGCCACGAACAGCGGCAACGGCGGUGGUGGUACGGCGGGUGGCUGGAGCGCGACGCGUGGGCGUUCGGGCGUGCAGAGCUUUGCGCUCAUUGACCGCCUCAAGCGGUACUACGGCUGCGGCAUCUGGGCGGGCAAAUUAUUUUGCCUGUGCGUGGUGAUCGACUACCUAUUGUACCUGUUUUGCGAGUUCUGGUGGCCACGCGACCGCAUCGACAUCUGCCCGGACUGGCCACGGAAAACACUACAGCCACAGCAAGAGAAGGAGCAUAUCCGUUGA